AUGGAGCAAGCAAAGUCAAUGCCUAUCGCCAUAACUGGUAUGGCCUGCCGUUUUCCUGGGCAGGCCGACACGCCAGAGAGACUUUGGAACGUGUGUGCAGCCGCUCGAAACACUUGGUCUGAAUGGCCCAAGGAUCGCCUCAAUGAGGAGGCGUUUCUUCAUACACAACCUGAACACCUCGGGACUUUCCAUAGCCGUGGAGGUCACUUUCUUGAAGAAGAUGUCUUCCGGUGGGAUGCAUCCUUCUUCAACUUUACAGCCGACAUGGCCAGAGCCAUGGAUCCCCAAAUUCGGCUCUUGCUCGAGACAGCUUUUGAAGCCUUCCAAACAGCUGGCCUUUCACUUGAAAACAUCGCAGGAUCCCAAACGGCUGUGUUCGCCGGUUCGAUGUUUCGAGACUAUCACGACCUACUCAUGAGAGACGCCGAAAAUCUACCGCGCUACCAUGUAACUGGUAAUGCUGCUGCCUUUACCGCAAACAGGCUAUCGCAUUUUUUUGAUCUGCGUGGACCGAGUGUUAGUGUCGACACAGCUUGCUCUACUACAUUAGCAGCAUUGCACUUAGCAUGCCAAAGUAUUCGUACUGGGGAAUCAAACAUGGCUGUCGUUGGAGGAUCUAACCUUAUACUGCAUCCAGGCUCAUCAACUAGUUUAUCGAACCUGGGACUGACAGGUCGAGCGGGGAAAUCAUUUAGCUUCGACUCUCGUGCUCAGGGCUAUGGCCGUGGAGAGGGCGUCGCUUGUAUUGUUUUGAAACCAUUGAAAGAUGCUGUCCGUGAUGGAGAUCCAAUACGAGCAGUCAUCCGAGAAACAGGUAUGAACCAAGAUGGCCGCACUCAGACAAUCACAACCCCAUCCCAGGAUGCGCAACAGCAGCUCAUUCUCAACUGCUACGAACGAGCCGGUCUCGAUCCGUGUGAUACUACUUACGUUGAAGCACAUGGGACUGGCACCAUAGCAGGUGAUCGCAUCGAGCUAGGUGCCCUCGGAGCGACCAUUGGCAAAAACAGAACGGAGGACAACCCGUUAUACGUUGGCUCCAUAAAAGCCAAUUUUGGGCAUACGGAGUCGACGAGUGGCCUUGCUGCUGUGAUCAAGGUUGCUAUGAUGUUGGAGCAUGGACAGAUACCCCCGCAAGCGAAUUUUGAGAAGCAUAAUCCUCGUAUAGAUUUUGAGGCAUUGAAUAUUAAGAUACCCACUAUAACAAGAGAAUGGUCCAACGUCCCGGUACGACGAGCAUCUGUUAGCAACUUCGGCGCUGGUGGUGCAAAUACUCAUGUCAUCAUGGAAGAUCCAAGCUAUCUACUGAACCUUGCGAAACAUACACGAAAAGAGUCUUUGAGCCUAAAGAAACACGAAACCAAAGGCAAAUCUGAUAUUCACAUUGAUACGGCCGUCGAUAGCUGGUAUCCUGCGGCUGGUAGCUCGAGCCCUAUAAGCCCAUCGUCACCAUGUAGCAUUUCAACACCUGGUAGCGCUUUGACUCCUGCUGAGACUAUGACACCUAGUGGCACACCCAUAAAAGGAGCAAAGAACACUACGGACAGCGGGUUGGGAACUUCUCAUGAAAACGAACAUGCGGGAACCAAUGAAGAUUGUUCACUCGUUUUCACGCUUAGUGCCAGAGAUGAGCCAAGUUUGCGGGCCUCUGCCUAUAGUUUUGCAAACUAUCUCGACCAACCCGGUCCAUACUUCACAUUACCUAGCUUGGCGUAUACCAUGAAUGAGAAGCGGACAAGCUUUCCGUGGAGGGUAGCGGUCAUGGCUUGCUCCUCUUCCGAACUUCAAGAAACUUUACAAAGUGAAUCACUCAAGCUUACCAACUCAACACAAGUACCGAAGUUGGGAUUUGUCUUCACUGGACAAGGUGCGCAGUGGCACGCGAUGGGACGGGAACUGAUAAACUCAUAUUCGGAGUUUCGGGAGGCGUUGCAAGAAGGCGGAGAUUUUAUACAUGAGCUGGGUGCGACAUGGAAUCCUAUUGAGGAGCUCAGUCGAUCAGCAGAGGAGACCAAGCUGAAUCAACCAUGCCUAAGUUUCCCCAUGUCAGUGCUGUUGCAACUUGCUUUAGUCAGACUACUUAGAUCAUGGGGAGUUGUACCUACAGCUACCACUGGUCAUUCAAGCGGGGAAAUCAGCGCAGCUUACGCCUCCGGCGGUCUUACGUUUAAACAGGCCGUCGCUGUCGCAUACGUCCGAGGACGUCUAACUUCCGAGUUUGUGGAGUCUGGGCAGGCACACGGCGGGAUGACGGCUGUCGCUACCAGCAAACAGAAGGCUCUGGAAUAUCUCAAUGCAGCUGAUGUAGAAACCACGGCAGUCAUCGCUUGCAUCAACAGCCCUAGCAGUGUCACAAUCUCUGGUGAGAUAGGAUCGCUCGAGAAGAUUGAGGCGCUAGCUGCCAAUGAGAACGUCAUGUUCCGCCGCCUGAAAGUCCCAGCCGCCUAUCAUUCCUCAGAGAUGGAAGCAUUAGCCGAUGGAUACCUCAACGCCCUGAAGCCACAUUUCGAGGUACCUAGUCCAGAAAGAUUUACUGCGACGUUUUCGUCUCCUGUGACAGGCAGUAUUGUCAGAGAACCAUCAAGUGUACAUAACCCCAGCCACUGGGUGCGAAACAUGGUGCAACCUGUACUGUUCGACGAUUGCUUGGAAGCAAUGCUCACUCGUCCAGAAAAUGCGAUCGGCCAGAGCUUGAAGAGCACUGUCGAUAUCCUCAUCGAGAUAGGUCCUCAUGGCGCACUACAAGGUCCAAUUCGCCAGAUCCUUGACAAUAUGAACUUACGGGCAUUGAAGACCAAUGUCAGUUCAUGCCUGAAGAGAGGUGAAGACGCCUCCAAAACCAUGAGGGAAAUUGCAGUAUUCUUAUAUUGCAAAGGCUAUCCAGUAAACGUUACCAGCGUCAAUGUACUUCAUCAGCCAAGUACGCUCCAGGUAUUGCAUGACUUACCGACAUAUAAAUGGAAUCAUUCUUCUCGCUAUUCGGGUGUAUCACCAAUUGUCACGGACUAUAUGCAGCGAAAUUCACCAAAACAUGACCUCCUUGGAACACGAGUCGAAGGUAUCAACCCAGAGCAAGCUAUCUGGCGCAACACCUUGCGCAUCUCCGAUCUUCCUUGGCUGCAGCACCAUGUGGUGCAGUCUGAAGUCUUAUAUCCUGCAGCGGGUCUUCUUGUCAUGGUUACAGAAGCCAUGCGCCAACUUGACGACGAAGAAGGCCAGGUGAGCAAUGGUUACAAUCUCAAUAACGUGGACCUAUCAAAAGCUGUGAUUUUCCCAGCCUCUGGAGAUGAUCUAGAAAUACAACUUGUCAUCAAACAGCCCUCGACGAGCUCCACAAGUGCGGCUCAAAACAGACAAUUCGUGUUCUACAGUCGCACUGGUAGAGGUAACUGGGCUAAACACUGUCAGGGUAGUAUCACGCCAGCUCAACACGCUACUACAGGAGUGCCUGUCGGUGGCUUAGGUCUUCUUCCAAUGGAUAUUGACCACUUUUACAAGCACGUCGAGCGAUCUGGCCCUACGUUGGGACCAAGCUUCCGGAAUAUCACGCGCUUGUCUGGGGGAGACUUCGCUGCAGAGGCGACGGUGACAGUCCCUGAUGUAGUAGCUAUGAUGCCAUCUUUCUACGCAUCGCAAUGCACGAUUCAUCCGACAACUCUCGAUUCGUGUUUCCAUCCUGCAUGGGCUGCUUUGCCAAACUCGAUUCUUCGGAAGCUUGGCCUCUCGGUCCCACGCAACAUAAGAAACAUUUUCAUUGGGAGAAACAUUCCGGCAAGCCCUGGUUCUGAGCUCGGUCUCAGAGUGGGUAUAGAAGAAGCAAGUCAGAAUGGGUUUCGGGUAUCAAUAUCUGUUUACAGCAUUGAAGAUUUGUCACGCACGCCUAUUGUUAGUAUUGAGGGAUUGAGCAUGAUUGCUAUAUCUGACAGUCCUGUCUCUUCACCUGUAGACGAGCUCAUGUUGCUCCAUACCGUCUGGCAACCAAGCCUUGCGUUUCUAUCCCCAAGCGACCUGCAGGCUCAUAUCAUCGAGUGUGCAGAUCCAGCUGAAGCUGUAGUGUUUGAUGAGCUUCAACAAGCAACUGUCAACGUCAUCCAUGACGCACUCAAUCAGUUGACACCGGAUGUUGAGAAAAACCUCGAGUGGUACUACAAGAAGUACGUGGACUGGAUGCGUGAGCAAGACGCCACUUUUUUCAGUUCGAUGGUAAUUUCCAACGAGCAAGAAAAACUUGAUCUUUACAGCAGAGUUACUCUGUCCAGUGUCAAUGGUCGUAUGCUGGACUUGGUGGCAAGAAACCUCCCAAAAUUCUUCAGAAAGGAAGCAGAUCCGUUGGAAACCAUGACAACUGACGGGUUCUUAUCGGAGUAUUACGCAAACAUGAUCAAGCUCACGCGAUGCCUCAACCAUGUGAAGAAGUACAUGAAGAUAUUUGCCCACGAGAAUCCUGGAGCUCGUAUUCUGGAGAUUGGUGCCGGUACCGGUUCAUGCACAGAAGCAGCUCUUCAGGGUCUGUCUCAAUCAAGUACGGGAUCUCUUCUCGCCGAAAAAUAUGUCUUCACGGAUGUGUCCGCUGGUUUCUUUGAAGCAGCGGACCAGCGCUUCGCGCCAUUUGCCAGCCAAAUGCGUUUCCAGAAACUGGAUAUUGAGCAAGAUCCACUCGAGCAGGGAUUUGUGGAGGGCGACUAUGAUCUGAUCAUUUCAUGUAACUGUUUGCAUGCCACUACUAGUUUGCAGAACACCUUGAGCAAUGCCAGGAAGCUCUUGAAAACAGAGGGAAAGUUGCUUCUGCUAGAAACCACGACUCCGCAUCUAGACCAGAGCCUCACAUUCGGACUAUUUUCUGGUUGGUGGUUGAGCGAAGAGCAGGAGCGAAGGACUUCGCCUCUUCUGAGCGCUCCAGCCUGGAGUAGAUUCCUUGCAAGCUCGGGAUUUACCGGCGUCGAUGUUGCUCUAGGUGAUGCGGGAGGUCCUGAUGUUUCAAACUAUUCAGUCAUGAUUGCAACGGCAGCCGACGUACCGAAAACCAACGGUGUGGGACAGGAAACCCUGACUUUGAUGGCUUUCCCUCCAUCCACUGAGACAUAUGCUGACUGGCUUAAAGUCGUUGGCAGUGCACUGGAAGAUACGUCCAGUAUUGCUGUUACAAUUGUUCAGAAUCUGACAAACCUGACAGCAGAUGCAUCCCUUGUCUGUAUCUUGGCAACCGACCCAGAGUCUCUCGUAUCAAUGACAUGGGCUGAUUUUGAGUACCUGAAGAGGAUCCUAGUGGGAGUCGAGAAAGUUUUGUGGGUUUCACAUGGUGCAGCACUUGAGUCCAACCACCCAUCAGCAGCUCUCCAUACUGGUCUCUUCCGAACGCUUAGAAUGGAGCAAGGAGACGAAAAGUAUAUCACGUUGGACCUUGACUCCAACAGAGAGUUAUGCACAUCAGAGAGUGUUAAGGCUAUCUGCAAGGUAGCCAAGCUUGCACUAAAAGCUCAGAUAACCCCUGAGCGAGAGCUAGCAGAAAGAGCUGGCAGGAUAUUAGUGCCUCGCUUACACAAGAAUGAUUACUUGAUCAAUCAGAUGGAACCCUCAUUAGAAGAUCUUGGUGCAGCUCAAAACACCGACUCUUCGAAUUAUGCAGAUAUAGCUCUCGACCCGAGGGGCGCUUAUAUUGUCGUUGGCGGACUGACAGGCAUCGGCCGGGAAGUGGUACGAUGGCUCGCUCACAGGGGCGCGAAGAACGUGAUACUUAUUUCGCGCAAUGCCAACAUAUCGAAUACACAAGACCUGCAAUCUGAACUUUUGAGUACAGGCACUAAACUCAUUCCCUAUGGUUGCGAUGUCGCCUGCAAGAAUGAUUUAGAGAAGUUCCUUGUUGCACUCAAGAUCAUUAUGCCUAUUCGCGGCGUAAUUCAGGCGGCCCUUGUGCUUGAUGAUUCAUCGUUCGCAAACAUGACGAUUGAUCAAUGGCAAACUCCCCUAAGACCGAAGUACCACGGCUCCAAGAACCUCGACGAGCUAUUCCAAGGUGCGGAUGAGCUCGAUUUUUUCAUCAUGUUAUCAUCCGUGACUGGCAUCCUGGGCAGUCAUGGCCAGUCGAACUACACAGCCGGAUCAACGUAUCAGGACGCUCUCGCACGUAGCCGUGUUUGUAGAGGUCUUCCCGGUGUUUCGAUAGACCUCGGUAGUGUACUCGGAGCUGGUUAUGUUGCUAGAACGAGUGGUGUGGCUGAGCGUGCUGCAAAAGCAGGUUGGCGAUCUCAUACUAUUCACGAGGUACUCCGCAUGAUAGGGAUCGCGGUCAGAAAUCCAAAACAAGCUGAAAUUAUAGCGGGUAUCACGCCUUGGUCAGUGCCUGAACAUUUGGCUUGGCGACAAGAAGGUCGCUUCUCAGCACUGCCACUACGCCUAGAGUCGUUGAAGACGUUGCCGAAGGAGUUGUCCACAGUUUCACUGAGGGAGCGGCUGGAGGCUGCGUCCGCGGAUACUAAGGUUGACACCAUGGUAUAUGGACUGGUAAUUCGGCUGGCCGAUAUGUUCGUUCUGUCUCCAUCCGACAUCAACCAAAGCCAGCCCCUUGCAGCACUGGGCGUGGAUUCGUUAGUAGCGGUCGAACUCCGCAAUUGGCUUGCAGCCAACGUCACACCGAAUGUGACAGUUUUCGACGUGACACAGAGCAGUAGUCUGAUCGAGUUGGCAGAGAAGGUGGUUAGAAAGCUUGCAUAA